AAGUAGUUGAAUAACAAUAGUUGAGUUCUAUCAAUAAAUCCCAACCACAUGAAGGUUCUAGUAGUCCCUCAAGUGCUCCAUGGCGGAGAAAUUCAUGCCAUUGACAUCAAUAAGCAGGACAAGGUUCUUACAUGUGGGAAAGAUAACAAGAUAUCUGUAUGGUCAGAUCUUCUGCAAUUUGACUUUACGACAAAUGACAAGUCAGUCGACAUGGUAGAGAAAAUUCAAGCCUUGAAACCCAAAAAGACUUUAGAUUACCAUUCCUGCUGUGUAACAAUAUUACGAUGGAACCCUGUAGAAAAUUUAUUUGCCAGUGGUGAUAUUGAAGGUAAUUUAUAUCUUUAUAACGAAGAUGAAACCCCUUCAGCUACAUUGAUAUUUAAUCAAAAACAAAAAUCUGGUAUAAUACUGGAAGAUUCAAAGCCUACUCAAGAAGAUGUGAGCAAAAUAGAAGAGAAUGAUGAUAUGGAUGUAGAUCAAGAGAAUGGCCAAGAAAAUGAACACCAAAACGAAUCAAACGAUUUAGCCAAAAAAAACAAAUCUAGUUCUCCUUUGAAAUCUGAAGAACAAACUGAAUACGGUAUAGUGGACUUGUCAUGGUCUUCCGAUGGAAGAUUACUUGCAUGGAGUACACAAGAUCGAAAGCUACAUUUGUUUGAUACCAAGAAGAGGACAUAUCAAGAAUUAUCAUCUAGUGUAAAAAAUCAAAUGUCCACUGUACAAAGAAGUAUAUCGUUUGACCCAACGGGUCAUUACUUGCUUUCUCUUGGUGAUGACUCUCUUGUUCAAUUAUAUCAAUAUCAAUUUGGCGCCAAUGACAAUUACAAAUUCAGACAAAUUCACAAGCUUUCCAAACUUGUCAAUAAUAUGGCAUUCAAUCACAAUUAUAAACGUAUUUCAUGGUCUCCAGAUGGCGAAUUCAUUUGUAUACCGACUGCUAAUAAGAACCUGACCUCUCUUGUAUCAAUUAUAUCAAGAUCUAAAAAAUGGACUAAUGUAAUUAGUUUGGUGGGUCAUGAUUUGAACUGUGAAGUUGCAAAAUUUAAUCCAAGAUUAUUUGAUGAUAACCUGGAAAAUGGAAGAAGUGGAGAAGGUGCCAAAAAGCCAUAUUUUAUCCUUGCAACUGCCGGUUCAGAUAACAGACUUGCCAUAUGGAACACUACUAAUGAUUCUCCAAUUACUCUUUUAAAUGAUCUUCUGACGAAACCUAUUGCAGAUUUGGCUUGGAAUUCAAGUGGGGAUGUAUUACUUUUAGCAUCUUUGGAUGGUCACAUUACCAUUCUUCGUUUUGAAAAUGAAGAAUUGGGAAAGUUAGCCGCUCCUGAACUUGUUGCCGAAUUAAAUGAAAAGGGGUAUAAACUGAUCAAACCAAUAGAUCACAGAGAAGGUGCUGAAGCUAAUACCAAGAAGGGCGCCCAAGUUCCAUUGGAAUAUGUUGAUCAAGCUGAUGCUAAGAAUAUUGAUGAAAUAGUGGAAGAGGUGGAGGAACAAGAAAAAAAAGUGGAUAUUGUUGAAGAUGUGCACGAAUCUCCAAAGAUAGAAACUCAAGAUUGGAUUGAACCCGAAGUAAUCCCUGCUCCAAAAUUGGAAGUGCCUACACAUGAUUCAACGAACGAGGAUAUUCUUAAUUCUGCAAUGUCAAGAGCAAAACUGAAUAAUACUGUUGCAACACAAGCAACCACUUCAUCCAACACCACAAAUAAGACAAUUAAGAAGGAAGCACUUCCAGUCAAUAUUACUUCUCAAAAGGUUUCCACGAAAAAUGGUAAGAAAAGAAUCCAACCAUUACUAAUAUCCAACAACGGAGGGAAGUCUAAUAUUGCAACAAAUGGAACUUCCACAAUGACCACAUCUAAGUCAUCAAUUUCAAUCAACACAAAUUCCCCGAUGGAGUAUGAGAAGCCAUCAUUUUCAGUUUCUGAAGAACAUUUCAAAAAAAGUAAACGUGGUACUCCUCAAGACGGCGGGGCUCCUACUAAAAAGAUUAAAAGACAAUUAGAACCAGUUAAAUUUCUUGAAUCUACACUUGUCAAUCCAAAUACAACAUUUGCUCGGGUCAGACUCUCAUUUCCUAAAGUACGAUUAAACUUUCAACUUGAAAGUAAAGUUGGCAAAGAGACAUUUGUGUUGGAUAUCAAAAAUGGUUCUGGUAAUGAGGUGAAACCUUCAAGAAUUACGUUUUACAAAAAGGAUAAGGAAAUAUGGACAGAUUUCGUUCCAAGAUUUAUACAGCUUGCAACAGAAGGAGAUGAAUUCUGGGCCUUGAGUACCAUCGAAGGUCAAGUAUUAAUAUAUUCACGAACAUCUGGUCGACGAAUCCUUCCACCACUUGUUAUUGGCUCCCCAUUAUCAUUUUUAGAAAGUCAUGGUAAGUUUUUAAUGGCUGUAACUUCUAUUGGGGAAUUAUUUGUCUGGAAUAUCGCAGAACGUAAAAUUCACUUACAAUCACCAGCAUCACUUAGUUCAAUCUUGGAGCUUUCUAAUAAAUUUAAAGAAGAUGGACUUUCAAAGUCUGAUAAUGUUACAUUAUGCUCAAUUACAUCGUCUGGAGUACCACUCCUCACUCUUUCUAAUGGUACAGGAUACUUGUUCAAUAAGGAUUUUGGCGCGUGGCAAACUAUCACUGAAUCUUGGUGGGCAUUUGGAUCCCAUUAUUGGGAUUCAGUAGGUGAAGAUGCAUCUGCAAAACCUCUGUCUUCAUCUAUUUUCGGUACUGGAGACCAAACAUCUAUCGUAGCACUUUUGGAGCAAAAAACCAACGAGGAGAUUUUAAGGAAAACUCGGACUGGUCGUGGCAAAUUUUUCAAUAAGAUAUCAAAGAAUAUGAUUAUGAAGGAAGGAUUUGAAAAUUUGGAGAAUACAAUUUCUUUAUGUCAUUUAGAAAAUCGUAUUUUGUGUUGCGAAUUGCUUGGAGAGAGCGUUGACUUCAAGAAAUUCUUUAUUGCAUAUGCCAAACGUUGCAGUGAAUUGAGUUUAAAGGUAAAAUUGUUUGAAUUAUGUUCUCAAUUGUUUGGACCUACCAAUGUUGAAACUGACGAUGAAAACGCGGAAGAUGUUGACACCAAUGGUAAGCAGCAAUGGAAUCCAAAAAUAUGUGGUAUUGACAAACAUGAACUUUUGAAAGAAGUUAUUCUUACAUGUGCGAAAUGUAGAGAUGUUCAAAGAGUUCUAUUACAUUUUGCGAAGCAAUUAGGAAUUGUUGUCGAUGACAUCGAUAUAUAAUCGGAUAAAAUACAAUAAAAUAAAAUAAGAAAAAUGUGGAUUUAUGUACAAGUAUAUUUCUAUCUC